CAGAGAGAGAGAGACAGACACUUUAAACAGCGGCGAGUGAAUGGUCACCUUACACACGGACCCAGGAAAUGAAGCAACUUCGGCUCGCGCUUCUCGCCGCGUUGCUAUGGCAAUGCUGCCGGGCUCAGCAGAGAGGUCUGUUCCCGGCCGUCCUGAACCUGGCAUCCAUGGCAGACAUAUCAGCCAAUGCUACCUGUGGUUCUGUGAACCCAGAGAUGUUCUGUAAGCUGGUAGAACAUGUACCGGGUCAACCUUUUAGAAAUCCACAGUGCCGCGUCUGCAACCAAAAGAGUGCAAAACCAUUCGAACGUCACCCUAUAGAAUAUGCCAUAGAUGGGACUAAUCGUUGGUGGCAGAGCCCCUCUAUCAAGAACGGUAUGCAGUACCACUAUGUUACUGUCACGCUGGACCUGAAACAGGUCUUCCAGAUAGCCUAUGUGAUCGUAAAGGCAGCCAACUCACCUCGUCCAGGUAACUGGAUCUUGCAGCGCUCAGUGGACGGUGAGACCUUUGAACCCUGGCAGUACUACGCCAUCACAGAAACAGAGUGCCUGACACGCUUCAAUAUUAAUCCACGGACAGGACCGCCGUCGUACACCAAAGAUGAUGAAGUUAUAUGCACAUCGUUCUAUUCAAAGAUUCAUCCUCUGGAGAAUGGAGAGAUUCAUACCUCCCUAAUCAAUGGUCGUCCCAGUGCCGAUGAUCCCUCUCCGACACUUCUGAACUUCACCUCAGCACGGUAUAUCAGACUGGUGUUUCAGCGAAUUAGGACACUGAAUGCUGACCUCAUGACCUUGACGCUCAGCGACCCCAGGGACGUGGAUCCUAUUGUGACAAGAAGGUACUACUACUCCAUCAAAGACAUCUCAGUAGGAGGGAUGUGUAUCUGCUAUGGACAUGCCAAGGCCUGUCCACUCAAUGACAUCACCAAGAAAUUCAGCUGUGAGUGUGAACACAAUACAUGUGGGGAGAGCUGUGAUCGAUGUUGUCCUGGCUACCACCAACAACCCUGGAUGGCGGGAACCUUUCUCACUCGACAUGUGUGUGAGAAGUGUAACUGCCAUGGUAAGGCAGAGGAGUGCUACUUCAACCAAACCAUAUCGGACCUGUCACUCAGCCUGGACACCCAUGGAAAAUAUAGAGGAGGCGGAGUUUGUGUGGGUUGCCGUGACAACACAGCAGGCAUCAAUUGUCAGAGCUGUGCCCCUGGAUUCUUCAGACCUGAUGGGGUGAGCCCCCAGGAGGAGGAGCCCUGUCAGCCCUGCUCAUGUGACCCAAGCGGCUCCAUCAGCCAAUCAUGUGUCCCUGAUUCCAGCCAGGCCACACCCACUCAGCCAGCAGGGUCAUGCCGGUGUAAGGAGGGUUUUGGGGGUCUGCGAUGUGACAGGUGUGCAUUUGGAUAUAAGGGUUACCCAUCUUGUCAGCGCUGUAACUGUAGUGUGGAAGGAAGCAUCAAUACUGACCCAUGUACAACACCCUGUGUCUGCAAGGAGAAUGUGGAAGGAGAGAACUGCGACCGCUGUAAGAUGGGCUUCUACAACCUCCAAAGUGAAAACCGGCGAGGCUGUGAAAAAUGCUCUUGUAUGGGCUUGGCCAGCCGGUGCUCUGCCUCCGAAUGGGCCUAUCAGAACGAGACCUCGCUGACUGGCUGGCAUCUCUUUGGAGAGACUGGACAGAGAGUGUGGUCUAUCCACAGCCACGCGCCGCCGUACCUCAGUGUCCGCCAUUCAGACGUUGUGACGGAGCUCGGCCCCUUCUACUAUUGGACCGCACCUGAGUUAUACCUGGGCAACAAGCUGCUCGCAUAUGGAGGAAGUCUGAGCUACACAGUGUCCUAUACUACGGACCAACAACAACAGACAGCCAUUAGAGUCACCUCACAACCAGACCUGGUCAUCGAGGGACAAGGAAUCAAGAUAGUUGACAGUCAGUACGGCAAACCGGUGUACCCCUCCUAUCCAAGCACCAAUCACGUCGCUCUUCUACCGGAGAACUUCCUGCUUGCAGAGACCGGGCAGCCAGUUGGUCGCAAGGAGUUCUUGUCUGUGUUGUCCAAUGUGACCCGAGUGAUGGUCAGGGCCUCGUAUAGCACAGAGCACAGUGCUGUGUAUAGGCUUCAUACUUUCUCUAUGGAGGUAUCUAGUCCCAUUUCAAGAGGAGAGAAGAAAGCUUCGGCUGUAGAAAUGUGCUUCUGUCCUCCUGGAUAUACUGGCACCUCCUGUGAGAGGUGCACUCCUGGUUAUCGAAGGGUUAACGGUACGCUGUAUAAUGGUUUCUGCGAAGCUUGUCGUUGCCAUGGACACAGUUCCCGUUGCGAUGAGGUCACAGGACACUGCCUGGACUGCUCCCACCGAACCACGGGCCCCUACUGUGACACCUGUCUACCUGGUUACUAUGGGAAUGCCAUCCAUGGGUCGGCCAAUGACUGUCAGCCCUGCGCCUGCCCGCUCAGUCUGCCCAGCAACAAUUUCAGCCCUACCUGUCACCUUGGCGAAGAGGGAGAGUUGCUGUGUGACCGUUGUCAGACUGGAUACACAGGACCGCGGUGUGACAGGUGUGCCAACGGCUACUUCGGCCAGCCCGCCCUGCCAGGAGGCUCCUGCCAGCCCUGUGACUGCCACGGCAACUUAGACCUGGCCACGCCCGGCAGCUGUGACCCCGUCACCGGCCAGUGUGUGCGCUGCCGCCAAGGUUAUGGGGGGACGUCGUGCCAGAGUUGUGCCGAGGGUUACUAUGGAGAUGCCGUCACCGCUAAAAACUGCCAACCCUGCCAGUGCCACAGUAACGGCUCCCUGUCAGAGGUGUGUCACCAGGAGACCGGCCAGUGCCAGUGCAGAGACCAUGUGGUCGGGAGACAGUGCGACGAGUGCAUGCCUAAUUGCUGGUGGAACGCCGAACGUCAGGAAUGCGUGCCCUGCCGCUGCAGCCCCCAGGGGGCUCUCUCGCAGCGCUGUGAUGUAGAGGGACGCUGCAUCUGCCGUCCCGGUCACGUGGGUCGGCGCUGUGACCUGCACCGCCAAGGUUACGAGAGGAGAGAGACACGGCGGCCGGUGGAGCGCAUCCCUAUGGAGACCGUCCAGCAGAGAUGGGGGGGGGCAUCACGCACGGGGGGUUGUCCGAGGGGGGCGUACAGGCCCAAGACGGGGGCUCAAACCCACGGCAUCACCACGGGCGGCGUGUGCGUCCCGUGUCACUGCAACUCAUUUGGCUCCAAGUCGUUCGACUGCGACGAGUCCGGUCAGUGCCGCUGUCAGCCGGGCGUGAGCGGCCCUAAAUGUGACCGCUGCUCGCAGGGGUACUUCAACUUCCAGGAGGGAGGCUGCACACCGUGCCAGUGCAGCCACGUGGGGAAUAACUGCGACGCUAACACAGGCCAGUGCAUCUGCCCCCCCAACACCGUCGGAGAGAGGUGUGACCGCUGUGCCCCGAACCACUGGGGCCAUGACAUCACGACGGGCUGCAAGGAAUGUGGCUGCAGUGUGGUGGGUUCGGUGAACCAGCAGUGCAACAUCAACACUGGCUGCUGCUUCUGUCACGACGCCUUCAGAGGAGAGAAGUGUAAUGAAUGUCAGCUGGGAUACAGAGACUUCCCUCAGUGUGUUCGGUGUGAGUGCAAUUCUAUGGGAUCAGAAACCGAGACCUGCGACUUAGAAAGAGGAGUGUGCGCCUGCGAAGAUCGCACAGGGAGAUGCAGCUGCAAGGCCAACGUGAAGGGAGACAACUGUGACCGCUGUAAGCCAAACACGUUCGGUUUGUCGGUUCAAAACCCACUGGGCUGCAGCAGGUGUUACUGUUAUGGACUAACGCAGUCCUGCGCAGAGGCACAAGGACUGAUCAGGAUGUGGCUAACCCUCAAACCGGAGCAGACGGUGAUCCCUCUGGUGGAUAAGUCCAACAACGCAGAGACCAGGAGGGGGGUGAGCUUCCAGCACCCGGAGAUCCUCGCCCAUGCUGAGCUGGUCAGCUCCGCCCUCACCGAACCCUACUACUGGAGACUACCAGAGCAGUUCAGAGGAUCGAUGAUCACAGCUUACGGUGGCCAGCUGAAGUAUGCGGUCUACUAUGAGGCCAGAGAUGAAACCGGCCCCUCUUCAUACGAACCUCAAGUGAUCAUUCGAGGCGGGCCGAACCGAGACAAGACGAUGACACACCACAUACCAGGACUCCAGAUUGGUCAGCUCACACGCCAUGAGAUUGACAUGACAGAGCAUGAAUGGAAGCGUGCAGAUGGGCAUCCAAUGACACGUGAGGACUUCAUGGACGUCCUUUUCUAUGUGGAUUACAUCCUGAUUAAGGCUUCACAUGGCAACUCGAUGAGACACAGCCGUAUUUCAGAGAUUAGCUUGACAGUGGCCGAAGAGGGCAGGCCGACGGCGGAGAGCGGGCGAGCCCAUCAGAUAGAGCAAUGUGACUGUCCCACGGGGUACUCGGGGCUUUCCUGUGAGGAAUGUGCUGCUGGGUUCUACCGGUUGCGUGGAGCCAGCAGCGUUCUGGCGCCUGCUGCAGCAUCCAGAGUACCCACCGUGGUGGGCAUGGGCAGCUGUGUGCAGUGCCAAUGCAGUGGGCACUCUUCCACCUGUGACCCGGAGACGUCCAUAUGCCAGAACUGCCAGGACAACACGGAGGGCGACAGGUGUGAACGGUGCACUCCAGGCUUCUACGGUGUGGUCCGCGGUUUCCACAAUGACUGUAAGCCAUGCGCGUGCCCACUUCCCAAUCCAGAGAACAAUUUCAGCCCCACCUGUGUUUCCGAGGGGUUUGAUGACUACCGCUGCACAGCCUGUCCUGAAGGGUACGAGGGACAAUACUGUGAAAGGUGUGCCAGUGGUUAUCAUGGUAACCCCCGAAUGCCGGGCGGCCACUGUGAGGAAUGUAAGUGUUCUGUGUGGGGGGCACUCCCUGGACCAUGUGACCCUGUGACGGGCCAGUGCCGCUGCAGGGGCGGGACAACGGGGCGGUCGUGUGACCAAUGCAUGGAAAGGCAUGUGUGUGGACCAGCUGGGAUUACCUCCUGUGAUGAUGACUGCUCUGGUUUGCUGAUCAGUGACAUGGACCAACUCUAUCGCAUCAUCACUAAUGUCACCCUGACCACACCCCUUCCUCCUCCUUAUAAGGUCUUAUACCGCUUCGAAAAUAUGACCGAGGAACUCAAGCACAUGCUGUCCCCGCAGAAAGCUCCGGAGAGACUGCUGCAGCUGGCCGACUCCAACAUGGGCUCCCUGGUCACUGAGAUGGACCAGCUACACAACAGGGCCACUAAGGUCUCUGCUGACGGAGAGCAGGUCGACGACGAUGCUGAGAGAAUCCAUAAACGAGCCGAAGACCUUGAACACUUCAUUAAGGACACGUUGCUGGGAGCGAAAGCCCUCCAGUCCAAGGCUGCCGAGCUGAAUGAGACUCUGUCUCGGAGAGAUGGCGCACCAGAGAAGAGCUUGAAGGAGUUGAAGGAAGACAUCCAGGUCAUGCUAGCUGAGCUCCGAAAACGACAGCUGGGUGGGAAGAAGACCAUUGCAGAUGAGGAGAUGGGUUUAGCAGAGGAGUUGUUACAGAAAGUGAAGAGGUUGUUUGGAGACCCGCACCAGGCCACAGAGGACCUGAAAGCAGAGGUCUCAGGCAAGCUGUCGGACCACCAGGGGAAGCUCCAGGAGGCCCUGGAUUUACUGAAUACUGCCCAAGGGAAGACCGGGGAGACCGAAUUACUGGCUGCCCAAAACCAGGCUAACCUCACUGCACUGGAGAGAAAACGUUCUGCAGUCAUGGGGGUGAAACAGGGAGCCCAGGAGGUCCUCGGAGAGGGAGAACAAUCACUGGCUGAGGCGAACCAGCUUUCUGACCAAAUCAACAAGGAGAUUGAGGAUUUGGAAGAAAUGGACAGAGAGCUAGGUCCUCUCCACGAUCAGCUGGACGAUAAAGUAAGCCACCUCACCAGUGGCUUGAGUGAUGGAAGUCUGGCCAGUCACGUGCGGGAUGCAGAAGACCACGCCCAACAGCUCAACGAAUCUGCUAGCAUUCUGGACAAUAUUUUAGCCGAGGCGAAGAACCUGUCGUUCAACGCCACGGCAGCCUUCAAGGCCUACAGCAACAUAAAAGCCAACAUCGACGCCGCAGAGAAAGAGGCAAAGACGGCCAAGCAGAGAGCCACCGAGGCCCUGGCACUGGCCUCUGGUCCGGAAGUCCCGUUAAAGGAGGCAGCGAAAACUUCCCUCCAGAAGAGUUUCAGACUAGUAAAUCAAGCUAAACAACUUCAAAAUGAUGUCAAAGAGAAUGCAGCCAGUGUGGCGGGUCUGAAGGGCAGAGUUAAAGCCGCCAGAGACAAAAACAAAGACCUGCUCAAAGCCGUCAACGAAACCAUGGCAACGCUCAACGCCAUCCCCAAGGACACAGCCGCUAAGCUAGCAGCCACAAAGGCUGUUGCGGCUGACGCUAACGCAACAGCCAUAGACGUUCUGGAGCGGCUGGGGGAUUUGAACCUGCGUCUCCGUGGUCUGCAGGGGAACUACAGCGAGCUGGAGGACACUGUCAAUGCAGCCAAUCAGAUGAUCCAGGACCCUGAGAAAAACACUAUCAUCCACGCUGCAGGAGCUAAAGUGAAGGAUCUGGAGGACGAGGCUGACAGACUGUUGGAAAAGCUGCAGCCAAUCAAAAAGCUGCAGGACAAUCUGAGGCGGAACAUCUCGCAGAUUAAAGAGCUGAUCAACCAAGCGAGGAAACAAGCUAAUUCAAUUAAAGUGUCGGUGUCGUCAGGCGGUGACUGUCUCCGUAGUUACCGGCCGGAUAUCAGGAAAGGGAGGUACAACACCAUCGUCCUCCAUGUCAAAACUACCACUGCGGAUAACCUGCUCUUCUACCUUGGAUCUGCAAAAUACGUUGAUUUCCUAGCCUUAGAGAUGCGGAAAGGGAAGGUGAAUUUCCUCUGGGAUGUGGGUUCGGGUGUAGGGAGAGUCGAAUACCCCCACCUUACCAUUCACGAUGGGAAUUGGCACAGGAUUGAAGCUUCUCGUAAUGGAUUGAAUGGUACCAUAUCAGUCUACCCACUGGAAGGUCCUAUGGCUGGGAUGAUGCCGGCCCCUGCCAGUGCCAACUCCCCCUCUGCCUUCACCAUCCUGGACGUGGACCAGAACGCCUACCUGUUUGUUGGAGGAAUACUGGGCACGGUCAAGAAGGCAGAUGCGGUGAAGACCACCACAUUCACAGGCUGUAUGGGGGAGACCUAUCUGGAUAACAAACCAAUUGGAUUGUGGAACUACAGAGAGAGACAUGGAGACUGCAAGGGAUGCGUAGAGAGUCCCCAGCGUUCAGACAGCGAGGGAACGGUGCAGUUGGACGGAGAGGGCUACUCCGCAGUGGGUCGGCCCACAAGGUGGAACCCCAACAUCUCCACCAUUACCUUCAAGUUCCGCAGCUUCUCCUCUGACGCCCUGCUCAUGUACCUGGCCACCGAUGACCUGAAGGACUUCAUGUCUCUGGAGCUGUCAGAAGGAAAGGUGAAGAUGACUUUUGAUCUCGGUUCAGGAGUUGGCACUGCCACGUCUGCCAGCCGCCACAAUGACGGGCGCUGGAAGUCUCUAACCAUGACCCGCAACAAGAAGCAAGCCACGGUGAACAUCGUGGACAUUGACAGCAGUGCUGAGGAGAAGAUGGUGGCAACGUCUCUGGGCUCUGCCACUGGUCUGAACCUAAAGGAAAACCAGAAGAUCUACUUCGGAGGACUCCCUAUCAUUGGAAACUACAGCAUGAAAGCCAGGUCUGAGGUUACGCUGAAGCGUUACGCGGGCUGUCUUCGAGACAUUGAAAUCUCCAGAACCCCGUAUAACCUCCUCAGUAGUUCAGAUUACACUGGGCUCACCAAAGGCUGUAAUGUGGAGAACCUCCACACCGUCAGCUUCUCAAAGCCUGGUUAUUUAGAGUUAGCCGGCUUGUCGUUAGCCAUCGGCACAGAGAUCAGCCUGUCGUUCAGCACCCUGGAGGACACAGGGACCAUCUUACUAGCGGUCGGCAGCGCCUCGGCACUGAGCCAGCAGGCCCAGAGCACUAAUCGGUUUAGCCCCAAGAGAAGACGCAGACAGUCAGGAGAACCCUACCUGUCCGUCAUGCUGAGUAAGGGCUCUCUGGAGGUCUUGGUGUUUACCGGCAGUCAUAGUCCACGUCGUGUCCUCAGAAGACCUGACCAAGGCAUACUGCAUGAUGGGAGAGAGCACUCUUUACGCAUAGAGAGACUGGCGGGCAGAGCCUUCGCCGUGCAGGUAGACGAAGAGGCAAAGAGGGAGGCGGGGCUCCCCAAUGAUCAGCCAAUGAGCUUACAGCGUCUGUUCCUCGGCGGUAUUCCCUCUGAGGUCGAGCAGAGUUCCAACAGAGCCAACAUUCCUUUCCAAGGAUGCAUAUGGAACCUCAUGGUCAACGCCGUGCUGUCAGAUUUCUCCCAGCCCGUAUCCUUUGAGAACGCCGACAUCGGUCAAUGCCCCAACCUGGCCCCCCCUCCGCCUCCCCCCAUCCUGCCACUGGAGCCUGAGAAGGAGGAGGAGGAGGAAUCUAAACCCGAGCCCCCGCUAACCCCGGCCCCUGUCUCACCACCUCUAGGGGUUCCUACAGAAGCUGCUCCCCCUGCCAUCCCCACUCUGCCCACUGCUGUAGCCCCUCCCACCACUACCCUGGAGUCUGGCAUAGACACGACUGUUAACAACUCACGUGCAGAGCAGAGUCACUCCUUCAGGCCUGACAGGUUCUUCUGGUGUGACCGCAGGCUGAUACUGGAGUUUGAGCUGAGAACCAAAGAGGAGUCGGGGCUUGUCCUGUACAUGGCGAGAAUCAACCACGCUGAUUUUGUUGUCAUACAGGUGAAGGAGGGUCAGGUGUGUCUGGGCUAUGAUCUGGGUCAUGGGAACACGUCGGGCUGCAUCCCCUUCUCUGUCAACGAUGGCAACUGGCACAAGGUCCGUAUGCUUCGGAACAAACAGAGAGGUCUGUUGUUGGUGGACAGGCGCUACACUAAACAGAUGACCAGUCCGAAAAAGGCUGACCUGCUGGAUGUAGUGGGAAACCUGUAUGUAGGCGGACUACCACUGAAUUACACCACCAAAAGAAUAGGACCGAUCGUCUACAGCGUGAACGGGUGUAUUCGCAACUUGAAAAUGACGGGCGGGGCUGUGAGUGGUAAAGCGGGCUCCACAGGUCAUUCUGAGGUCGGCACUGAGGACUUUAAACUGGACAUGGCUGCGCCCACCGCCAGUCAUAUGGUGGGAAGCUGCUUUGUCGACACCGAGUCAGGGACCUAUUUUGAUGGCACUGGCUACCUCAAAGCAGUCUCCUCCUACAGGGUGGGACUAGAUGUGACCAUCGCAUUGGACUUCAGAACCAGCAGAACUACUGGGGUUCUUUUGGCGAUCAGUAACCAGGCCAAUGACGGACUGGGACUGGAGAUUAACCAGGGCAAGCUCCUCUUCCACGUUGACAACGGAGCUGGUCGGAUCACGGCGGAGUAUGAGCCUGAGGGGGCGGGCUUCUGUGAUGGCCAGUGGCACUCUGUUACCGCCCACAAGCUACGCCAUAGGCUGGAGCUAGUGAUUGACGAGAAAAAGAGCCAAGCAGAAAGUCCCAACGCACGAUCCAACACCUGCGAUACCAAUGACCCCAUCUACGUAGGGGGUUAUCCAGAUGGGGUUCGUCAGGUCGCUGUCUCAACCAGCACCUCCUUCAGAGGGUGUAUGAGGAACCUGAAGAUUACCAAGGCCGCUAAGGUCAUGACGGUUCAGUUCAACAAAGCUCUUGAGAUAAAGGGAGUCCAGCCUCUCUCCUGUCCUUCUGUAGCAGCUUAACCAACACCUUACUCCUAAUAUAUUCCCAUCCAGCAGGGCCGGGAUUCAGAGUUCGCCAAAGUUUCUAGAUAUAUCUGAUUUUUUUUUUUUUACCAUUUUUCCUCAACAACAGAAAACUCCUCACACAGAAGAUAGUUAUGAAAAGUAUAAGAAUUAAUUAGCACACUUCAAGUGCUUCCACUGACUGUGUAUACAAUAUUAAAUAUUCAAAUGAGGCUGUAUUCAUCUGUAUUGAAGAACUGAUGUCUACUAGUGUGUGGCGUUCUGAAUCAGGAACAUGUGGACGCCUCAUUGUGCUCACCCCAUGUCGUGUGCAAAAGCCUUGAGCUCAGAGAAAAGAUUCAAAAUUACUAUUUUUGGGGAUAUGUGUGCCAUCAUGUAAGAGUAUUUAUGGAAGAUCAGCUUGGUGUAUUGUGA